UGUUUUUUCCAUGGGGACUGUGAGGAUGUCCCAGAUGUGGAUGCUGAGAUGGGUCAUCCUACUGGUGGGGCUGCAUUCAAUACAUGCAGACAUUAUGCAUGGUUAUAAAUUUAUGAGCAAUGUGGACACGAUUUGGCCAACAACAACGGCACAAACAGUUUCAGUUCUUGCCAGUAACCAUGUCAACAACAUCUGUAGCAUGUGGGGAAACUUCCACUUCAAGACAUUCGAUGGAGACUUUUAUCAGUUCCCAGGCAUGUGCGAGUAUAAGCUGGUUUAUGACUACAAUGAAUUCAGUCCUUUGUUCUCGGUUCAUGUGAAGAGAAUGGAACGCACCAAAAAAUCAGAAAUCCCGAAGAUCAGCAGAGUCAGAGUUACCAUCAAUAGCUUUGAAUUUACAUUGACUAAGAGCCAGGUCAUGGUCAACGGAAAAAAUGCAUCACUGCCUGUGUAUGAGUCAGGGAUCCUUGUGGAAAAAAACACAAUUUACAUCAGGCUCUAUUACAAAAUGGGCAUCACUGUCAUGUGGAACAAAGAGGAUGCAGUCAUGGUGGAGUUGGACUCCAAAUAUUCUAAUAGCACCCAGGGAUUGUGUGGCGAUUUUAAUGGGAUUCGUAAUGAGUUUGAGCGAAAUGUUGGCUACAAUGAGUUUGGAAAUAGGCAUAAGGUUUCCAACUUAAAGGAUUUCUGUGAGGAUCCUUUUGAAGGAAAUAAUAAGAAAAACUUGUCAGACCAAUGUAACAGCUAUCGGUCAGAGUGUGAAAACCUUUUGAAAAAUGAAGACUGGUCCUCCUGUAUCAUGGUUUUGAACCCUGGUCCGUAUAUAGAGGCCUGUAUGAAAGAUAUGUGUCCGAAUCCACCUAAAGACACUAACAAAUCCACGAUCUGUGCAACUUUGUCUGAAUAUUCACGUCAGUGUUCACAUGCUGGGGGAACUCCGCCGACCUGGAGAAGAGCUGACUUCUGCGCUGUGACGUGCCCCUACAAUAUGGUACAUUCUGAAAACGGCUCCCCUUGUAUAGACACAUGCUCACACAAAGACACAGACAUACUGUGUGAGCAACACAACAUCGAUGGUUGCUUCUGCCCAUCAGGAACUGUGCUUGAUGAAAUCUCAAACAGGGGCUGUAUCCCAGUUCAAAAGUGUCAGUGCAAACAUGACCGCUCCUACAGCCCAGGAGAGGUUCUUCUCAAAUAUAACGAGAAAUGUAUAUGUAAGGAGGGAAACUGGAUCUGUAGAAGUAUUCCCAGUCCUGGCCUGUGCUCAGUAGAGGAAGGAUCUCACUUCACCACCUUUGAUGGGAAAGAAUUCACUUUCCAUGGAGCCUGCAACUAUGUGCUUUCAAAAGACUGUGAGGAGUCCAAGUUCAGCAUAUUUGGUCAUAUUGUUCCUUGUUUUACUAAAGAUGCUGACACCUGUUUGAAAUCUAUUGGGAUUUGGUUUGACAACAACAAAAACCAUCCUCUGAUUAUUAAAGCUGAUGGGACGGUACAACACGACACUAAAGUUUCACUUCCUUAUAAUACAGCUGACUUCACGGUGUUCAUGCCAUCAUCGUUUCACAUCAUGCUUCAGACCACCUUUGGGCUGCAGGUACAGGUACAGCUGGUGCCUCUUAUGCAAGUGUACAUCACUGUAGACAAACGCUUCCAGGGCAAGACUUGUGGUAUCUGUGGAAAUUUUAACAAAGUGGUAUUAGAUGACCUGAUGACCCCUCAGGGAGUGGUGGAGGGUACACCAGUUUCCUUUGCAAAUGCCUGGAAGGCCCAGUCCAACUGCCCUGACCGUACUGAGAGAAUGGUUGAGCCCUGUUCCUACAGAAGUGACAGCGAGCGUUUCGCUACGGAGUGGUGUUCCAAGAUGAUAAACAAGGAGAGCCUUUUUGCCAAUUGUCACGCUGUUGUCAAUCCAGACAGCUACUACAAAAGAUGCAAAUACUCCACCUGUACUUGUGAGAAGAGUGAGGAGUGUAUGUGUGCCGUGUUCUCCUCGUACGUCCGGGCCUGUGCGGCUAAAAGAAUAAUCCUGCAAGGCUGGAGAGAAAUUGUGUGCAAGAAGUAUACAGAGAAUUGCCCAACCUCUCAGAACUACUCCUAUGCGCUGAAGAGUUGCCAGCGUACCUGUCUGUCUCUCGCCUCUAAGCAACAAAGCUGUAGAGUUGACUUUUUGCCCGUUGACGGAUGCACAUGUCCAGAUGGACUCUACCAGAAUAAGAAUGGACUGUGUGUACCUAUGGAAAAAUGUCCAUGUUACCACGAUGAACAGGAAAUUCAUCCUGGCAAGUCUAUCACCAUUGGAGAAGAACACUGGGUUUGUGUGAAUGGAAAACUCCAAUGUGUUUCCGAGAAACUCCCAAUUUAUGGUUGUCCCUCUCCGAAAGUUUUCUUCAACUGCAGUACAGCAGCCAGAGGUGAACUUGGAUUAAGUUGUGCAAAGACUUGUUUGCAACAGAACGUUGACUGUUUCUCACUAGACUGCCUGUCUGGCUGCCAGUGUCCUUCAGGUCUACUGGAUGAUGGCAGAGGAUAUUGUGUUAAACAGGAAAACUGCCCGUGUAAACAUGAUGGACAGUUUUAUGCACCAGGAUCUGAGAUAACCAUAGAUUGCAAUAAAUGCACUUGCCGAAAGGGAAAUUGGAAUUGUACAGAUAAAAAAUGUCCAGGCUUAUGCACCAUUUACGGAAACGGACAUUAUGUAACUUUCGAUCAGCAAAUAUUUAGCUUCAAGGGAGACUGCAGUUACAUUGCUGUUCAGAACAAGUGUGGAAAUAAAACUGGUAAUUUUCAUGUGAUCACUGAGAAUAUGCCUUGUGAAACAACAGGAACCACAUGUUCAAAGUCUGUCAGGAUACUUUUGGGGGGGACUCAGCUGCUGCUUUUUGAUGGGACCUUAACAGCAAGUUCCAAUGAAAGUGGUCAAGAGAUUAGUUACACUGUGAGAAACAUUGGGAUGUAUGUUGUCAUUGAUGCUGACAUUGGACUGACAAUUAUGUGGAAUCGCAAAACCACCGUAUACAUCAUUCUGCAACCUCAGCACAUGGGAGACGUUUGUGGCCUGUGUGGAAAUUUCAAUGAGAAUGGAAAAGAUGACUUGACCACUCAGGGAAAUUUGAUGACUACAGAUAUAAAGGAGUUUGUGAACAGCUGGACAGUGUUAAACAAAUGUCUUGAUAAAAAUACAUACUUUUACCCAUGUAUGAAUACUCAAAAUGAUCGGCUAAAGUUUAAAUGUAACAUCAUAAAGGGAGUUAAGUUCCAAAACUGCCAUAACAAGGUGGAUCCAACCCCGUAUUUUGACAGCUGUGUGGGGGACUUAUUCACAUGUGACCCAGAUGGAAACUGUGAGUGCUACUGUACAGCUGUUGCAGCUUAUGCGCAAGCCUGCAAUAAGGCAGGUAUUUGUGUGGACUGGAGAACACCUGAUAUCUGCCCUGUGUACUGUGAAUACUACAAUAAAAGAAGAGACGAUUGCACAUGGCAUUAUAGUCCUUGCAAAACACCUUGCUACAAAACCUGUCUCUACCCUGAUGGUAUCUGCAAUAACACUUUACCCAACCUGGAAGGAUGUUAUCCAAAAUGUCCUAAAGACACAUUUUUUCAUGAGGAAACUCAGACCUGUGUGGUGUCCUGUGUCCAGCCUACUACAACAACAACAGAAUCAACCACAUUGCCUACACCAUCAACUACCACAAUGCCUACUACCACAACAGAAUCUACCACAUCACCUACACCAUCAACUACCACAAUAAUCAACUACCACAUCACUACAACAACAGAAUCUACCACAUCACGUACGCCAUCAACUACCACAAUGCCUACUACCACAACAGAAUCAACCACAUCAGGUACACAAUCAACUACCACAAUGCCUACUACAACAACAGAAUCUACCACAUCAGGUACACAAUCAACUACCACAAUGCCUACUACAACAACAGAAUCUACCACAUCAGGUACACAGUCAACUACCACAAUGCCUACUACAACAACAGAAUCAACCACAUCAGGUACACAAUCAACUACCACAAUGCCUACUACAACAACAGAAUCUACCACAUCAGGUACACAGUCAACUACCACAAUGCCUACUACAACAACAGAAUCAACCACAUCAGGUACACAAUCAACUACCACAACGCCUACUACAACAACAGAAUCGACCACAUCAGGUACACAAUCAACUACCACAACGCCUACUACAACAACAGAAUCGACCACAUCAGGUACACAAUCAACUACCACAACGCCUACUACCACAACAGAAUCGACCACAUCAGGUACACAAUCAACUACCACAACGCCUACUACCACAACAGAAUCAACCACAUCACGUACAACGUCAACUACCACAACAACUACUACCACAACAGUAUCUACCACAUCACAAAUAAUUCCUACUACUGAAGGAGUAACAAAUGUUACAGGAGUACCGCAAAAUGUAACACUUCCGCCCGACAGAUGUCCUAAAUGGAACAAAAAUACCAACGAGACCUUUAUGUUUUGUAAUUGCACCAUGGCGAGGUGCAUAAAAGACAACAUCAUUGAAAUUAUCCCAUUUCAAUGCCCUCCACUGCAGAACAUCACCUGUGAAAAUGGCAAAAAACCAGUGCUGGUCUACGACAAGCACCAAUGCUGCCAGUAUUACACAUGUGACUGUUUUUGUGAAGGCUGGGGUCAAUCACGUUACAUCACAUUUGAUGGACACUUCUACAGUCAUCAAGGAAACUGUACUUAUAUAUUAAUGGAGGAAAUUCAGCCUCAAUACCAUUUGAAGAUCUACAUCAACAGUGUCUACUGUGAUCCUGAUGAGCAUGUAUCCUGUCCCCGAUCUGUUAUUGUGUCUUACAACAAACUAGUCAUAACACUUACGAAUCACAAUCUCAUAGGAGAUGGAGACCUAGAGGCUGUUAUGGACAAUGUUAAGUUAAAGCUACCAUAUGAUGAUAAAGUUGUGACGGUUAUUAGCUCAGGCCUGGACUUGAUCCUGAGUAUUCCAAAGCUGAAUGUUAAAAUAACAUUUGGAGCCACUAGCUUUGGUGUCAACCUGCCAUUCCAGCAUUUUGGAAACAACACUCAAGGUCAUUGUGGAACAUGCAACAAUAACAAGGCUGAUGACUGCAUGAUCCCAGGAGGGAUCUUGGUGAAUGACUGUGCAGUAAUGGCAGAUUACUGGCCAUCCAGUGAUGUGAACGGUUCGCUUUGCACUCCACCAACUGCAUUACCUACUGCUGGGGUUGAUAUUAAACUUACACCUAAACCAUGUGAAGCCCACUCGUACUGCAACCUCCUCAAUAGCGAGUUGUUCAAAGAGUGCCAUCCCCAUCUGUCCCCCAAAAACUACUUCUUGGCAUGCAAAUAUGACAGCUGUCAUAUAAGCAACCCUGCCAUGGUGUGCACCAGUCUGCAGAGCUACGCAAGGGCUUGCUCUCAGGUUGGGGUCUGCAUACACUGGAGGAACUACACUAACCUGUGCAAUAUUGAAUGUUCAGCAGAUAAAGUCUUUAAUCCUUGUGGUCCAGCUGAGCCACCAACCUGUGCUGUACCUGACCGAAACACCAGCACAGUGCCCACAGAGGGCUGCUUCUGUCUUGAGGGUACAUUGCUCUUUAACAAGGAGUCAGGAGUCUGUGUGAAUAAAUGUGGAUGCCUGGAUGCCUCUGGGAUGCCACGUAAGUUUGGUGAGGUUUUCGAGCACCACUGUGAGGAGUGUACCUGUAACAAGGCCAGGAAAUCGGUGAUCUGUAAGCCCAAGAAUUGUCCUCAUGUAAGCCCAGUGAUCUGCACUGACCCCAGCUUUGUGCUGGUCAAUGUCACCAACCCUUCAGACCCGUGCUGCAGCAAACAAGUUUGCAACUGUAAUAUCAGCAUGUGCCCUCCUUUGGAUAAAAAGUGUGCAGUCGGAUAUGCGCCAGUCUUGAAAGUGCCUGAAGGAAAAUGCUGUCCAGAAAUCAAAUGCGAGCCAAAGAAAGUGUGUGUGCACAGUAACAUAGAGUAUGAGCCUGGUACAGUCAUCCCCUUUGCUGACUGUCAGGAAUGCAACUGUACGUGGGACGUAGAUCCUACAACACAGUUUUUCAAGACCGAAUGUCAAUUUGUGCAGUGCAAUCAGAAAUGUGAUCCAGGUUAUAACUAUAUGAAAAACAACUUUGACAAGUGCUGUGGAAAGUGUGUGCAAACGCAAUGCAUCGUCAGUAUCAAUGGCAUCGAUCGUACAUUGAAGGAAGGAGAGACUUUGCCCUCUUCAAAUCAAGGCUGUGAUAAAAUCACAUGUACUAAAGUUAAUGGACAGUUCAUCACCAACAAACACACAGUCCAGUGCCCUCCUUUCAAUAUUUCCAACUGCCAGCCUGGCACCGUCCAGCUGUCUUCUGAUGGCUGCUGCCGAGUUUGUGUGGACCAAGAUAAGGGAUGUAAAAUACAGACUGUUCUUGAAUUCAUAAAACACAACGAUUGUCACUCAGUGGAGAAACUAAACCUGACAUUUUGUAGUGGAGACUGCACCAGUUCAAGCUGGUACAUUAAACCUGGAAUGUCCUCUUGUACCUGUUGCCAGGCCACUCGCUCAAGUAAUCGCACAGUGAAUCUUGAUUGCGGAAACAGAGGUAUAGUAACCCACACAUACAUCCAUGUGGAGGAGUGUGCCUGCAGAGAACCCAACUGUCAUGAAAUGCAAGCGAACCACACACUUGCUGACAGCCAAAGACGCACAGAACAUCCAUGAGCAGCAGCAGUGAAUUAUCCACCUGAAGACGCUGGGAAAAAAAUGAUCUCAGUUAUCUUUUGAAACUUUAAAUUGAUUUGUGCAUGCACUAUGUUUCACAUUUCUUAAACUUUAUCUAUAGAUAUUUUCUUUUUUUCUUUGCUGGAUAAAUGUGCUCUUUUGCUUGUUUGCAAUUAAAUCAA